CCCCGCUAUAUUAUAGGUGAUUAGCCUAUACUCUGAACUGUCAGCGAAAUUUCCUUCACAUGGUCUAAAACCAAUGUGGGUUCCACUCAACACGAAACUUUUCAACAAUUCAACUUCCUCGAGAGACUCUUGUUGGCUACUAGGCUACUGGUGCAGAUCUGCAGACCAUAGCAGAAUUCAGGGUUUAAGUUGGCUGGCAAGCGAUAAAUACUAUAUAGCGCUCCCUGGCGUGCGAGAUAUGCUAUCACACCCCAACAAAUCUGUUUCACCCAGCAUAAGGAAACAAAGUUUGGACUACUGCCCAUAUUUCUUAGAGUAUAGUGAUAUAUAGCGAAUAAGCACAUAACAGCAUCACUGCCAGCCAUGUUGGCACCCUCUCCGUAACAGAUUUCAGUUGGUCUGAUCCACCAAUCAGAGAAAAGAAUUUUGUGUUUAACGCACGAGGCUUUUCAAUUCAGACAUGUCCAUGUGCGAGGACUCCCUCCUGUGUAAUUUCCCCAAGUGUCGGGCGGUUCUGACGGGCUUUGCCUGGGUGACGGCAUGCUCGCACGCGUUCUGUGACCAGCACGGCUCGGGUGAGUUCAGCCGCUCUCCCGCUAUCUGUCCCGCCUGCUCCUCAGCGCUCUCGGGGAAGCUGGACAUCGUGCGCACGGAGCUGGCCCCCUCUGAGGAGUACAAGGCCAUGGUGCUGGCUGGCCUGAGGCCCGAAACCGUACUGGACAUCAGCGGCCGAGCUCUCGCCUUCUGGACAUACCAGGUGCAGCAGGAGCGCUUGUAUCAGGAGUACAGUCUCUCUCGGGCAGAUGCUCAGGUGAAACAGAUGGAGAAGCUGCUGGCCCAGCAGAAUCAGACCAGAGAGCUGGAGCUCAACGCCAUGCGAGGGGAGAUCACUUCACUCAAAAAGGUGAUGGAGGAGUACAAGAGGAAGUACAGUGAUGUGUCAGAGCGGUUGAUGGAGAGGAACAGACAGUAUCAGAAGCUGCAAGGCCUGUAUGAUUCACUGAGGCUGCGCAACAUGGUGGGGGAGAGAGACGGGCGAGUCGCACCCCCCCAGUACAGCACAGGGGCGGGCAGACCAGCCUCUCCCGGCAGCAGCCCCCAGUUCCCUGGCUGUGACGGAGACAGGCUCUUCUCCUCUCUGGACCCAAACAACGCCAGGGGCUUUUUCCACUUCAGCACGCCUCCCCACCCCAAGGCCCGAGCCUUUCCCAGGAAGCAGUGAGGCAGGCGCUGUUCCGCUGCGUUAUGCAAAUACAGGCUGGAUUUGUGAAGCGUGUUCGUGUGCUCCUCUUCCUCAGCCUGCUUUGUGCUCACUGUCUCAGUCUUAGGGCUCAGAAAGGUUACCAGAGUUACACCUGAAGACACUUCACAGGGCCAUAGUGUGUAUGACACUCAGGUAUGAAGCAGUGAAAGGCUGAUAUGCAUUUACAGCAGUGUGACAGAAGAGCUAGCAUGGCCACAGUGUGUUGUGCGUAUCACAGUAAUGCUGAGGUGCUGUCCUGUUGCUUGAGCUCUCUAGCGCCCCCCUAGGGCUUGUGACUAGCUCCCUGUUUGUGGAGCUGUCGGGACUCAUCAUCUGCAGAGGAGGC